AAUGUCAGUUUUACGUCAAUUUUGUCUUGUUGUUUAUUUUUUUAAACCAAAACAAGCCGUCAGUAAAUUUUUCUGAUUUAUUUUAUGGAUAUUGUUAUAUUCCCAGGCUUUAAGUAGCUUAAGCUUUGUAUUUUAAGUUGUUAGUAAUUUAAAGUUAAAAUGUCACAACGUAGAACUAAUCGAAGCAGUCAGCUUAGCCAAAACAACUCAUUGGUUGAAGGGAAUAUAGAAGACACUGUAAAUGAUCUUGUUCGGUAUAUUAUUUAUAAAGGUGGAGAACAUACAGUCUUCAGUAAAUCUGAUUUGAUGAAGAACGUUAUACACAAAACCAGUCGAUAUGAAGACAUUAUUACCCGAACGAACGAAAUACUAAAUUCUGUCUAUGGAUAUAAUAUGGUAAUAUGUGACACAAUAAAAGGGAAAGAAAAAUCUUACAUUAUUACAAAUACUUUAUCACACAUAAAGAACACUAAUGAAGAAGAUAUUCCAGAUGAUGUUAAUAGAAUAUUGAUUUUGUUAAUUCUAGCCCACAUAUUUAUGUCUAAUAAUUCAGUUUCAGAUGUUUCACUAUAUAGUUUUCUGAAUUCUCUUGGAAUUGAUGUGGAAGUUGAUCAUCCAAUAUUUGGUAAAGUAAAAGAUUAUAUUACAAAAAUAUUAUUAAAGAAACAAUACCUGCAAUCGGAACUCGAUAUCAAAUCAAGGAGACAAACAUUUAAGUGGGGUGCUAGAGCAGAAAAAGAAGUUUCAAAGAUGGCUGUUUUAGAAUUUGUUUGUCAGAUAUACAAAGAUAGGCUGCCAAAAGACUGGUCCAAUCAAUACGAGAUUUCUAGGAAUCAAUCUCUUCCAAGUCAAACAGAAAAUGAAAUUGUUGAAACUCAAAUUCUGGACGAUUGAAUAUGUUAAUGUCAAGGCAAAUAUAAAUAAAUAUUUUAUUAUGCAACA